UAGGGCUUUGUUAUAUUUUCAUUUUGACAUUAACAUACAAAAUUAUCACUCAAAGUACUCCUUUUUGUUAGUAACAAGGUGAAAUGGCGGUGGCAAAGAAACGCAAAAUUUUUCCUAGUAUGCAUUUCCUGAAUGGACUUGAGCAGGAUGAUGUAAUAUCAAGCCUAAAAGAACAUUAUGGGCAAUCACAAAAGGCUUCUAAAACUGAAUGUUACAAUUUGAAUGUGGAUCCGUUUAAAGUGUGCACCUUUCAUGACAUCCUGAAGAAUGACUCUGCCAUGGGAUUACUAGAAGAGAUUCAAAACAUGGACUUUACAUUUAAAGAAAAUGAUCUACUGUCCCUCCACCAGACAAUUGAUCUUAAUGAUGUUAAAACGCCCUGCAUUUCAGCAGUCAGAGAUUUCAUCUACACUGAAGUUAAAACUGUCAUUGAAAAAGUAACAUCUUCAUCUUUCAACAACACAGUGGAUAUGCAUGGAAUAAAGUUCAUGCAACACGAUAAUUUACUUUGCCAUUCAGAUUGCUUGAAUACAAGACAUACAGCUUUUAUUCUGUACUUAGUUCCUAAAACAUGGAGUCCUGAAUCUGGUGGUACUCUGGAUUUGUUCAACUCAGACAAAGAUGGAAAUCCAACAGACGUAGGGAAAUCUUUGUGUCCUAAAUUUAAUACAUUUAGUUGGUUUGAAGUUUCAGCAAAAUCAUGGCAUCAAGUUUCUGAGAUACUUGAGGACGAUAUUAGGUGGUCUAUUAGUGGUUGGUUCCACUCAGAAGAUUCCCCAAUUGUUAAUCCAAUUGUCGAUGAAUUUGUUAUGCUGCCAAUACUGCCCAUGGAUAGUGACCUUGAUGUACUAAAAUCUUGGAUAUCCCUCAAGUAUCUCAACUUGGAAAUCAGCUCAGAGGUUCAGGAAAAAUUCCAAGAGGAUUCCGAAGUAUCUCUUGGAGAGUUUCUCAAUCCUGAGAAAUAUUCUGCUCUAUGUGCGGCUCUACAAUCUAUGGAUUGGGCGACAGUUGGUCCCAGAGACAAGAAAAAGUACCAAGUGUGUAACAAACAAAGUGCCACAGUGUUAGAGUUUAUGGAAUUAUUGAAGACUGAUGCAUUUGCUCUACUUUUAUCCCAUUUUACUGGGCUACCUCUUUCUACCAAUUACGACGAUCCAGACUGCGAUGAUUUUUCCAAUAAACCCUUUGGAAUGAUAUCAUCAUCAGUAUCACGAUGGGAUCAUGGGUUUUACUCUCUUCUCUGUGACCAAGAAGUUGACAACCUUCCUGAUCUCCUUCAUAUAUUUUACCAUACGGAGGUACAUCCAGAGUACGAUGUGGACGCUGGAGGAUAUGUAUCUUUCAUAUCUCACUCCGAUAAGGAACCUCUGCUGGUGAUACCGCCUCAAGAUAAUACUAUUUCUCUGGUGUUUACUCGCACUGAUGAGUUUGGGUUUACUAAGUAUAUCAACGCAAAGUUGCCCAAACCCUUCUACUGCUUUAAUGCACGUUAUGUUUCCAGAACACCUAAUGAAGAACGUGGUAAUUCAGACUUAUCUAAUGAAGUUAGUCAUCUAUGAGUCAUGAAGUAUUUAGAAUUGCGACCUAAUUUUCAUUGGAAAGGGGCUUCAAUCUUAUAGGUUUACAGAAGUUGAUUUUUGAUGAUAGAAUUGACAUAUUUUUACUGUAUUUAUCACUCAUGACCAACAUUUAUUUUAUCCUGUUUUAAAUUUUGUUCAUCAGUUCUAUGGUAGGGUGAAUAUAGAGUUAAUAAUAUAACUUAUUUAAAUUUUAUUUAUAAUAUGUGA